AUGGCGACCCAAUCACCGCACGUUCUCAUCGUUGGCUCAGGAAUCAUUGGGUUGCUUAUCGCACAGGGCCUCAAGAAAGAAGGCAUAUCCUGUGAGAUCUUUGAGUCCGAACCUUCAGCAAGCACCUACCGUCCGCGCGAAUGGGGCAUGUCAAUACAAUGGGGUCUUCCCAUGCUCAAGGACUGCUUGCCCGAAGAGCUCUUCGACGGGAUCCAGACCGCUUCGGUGGAUCCGAAUUUCGACCCCCCGGAUCCUGGCAUCCUGCCUACCUUCAAUGGCGCAACCGGGGAAUUGAUGAAGAACAUUCCACUGCUGCACAUGUACCGGGUCCCCAGGCGAGGGUUCCGAGCUUACUGCGCCCAAGGCCUUAAUGUCCAGUAUGGCAAGGUGCUCGAGUCCGUCGAAUACGACGACGAAAACUCCACCGUCACCGCCGUAUUUGAGAAUGGCACGAAAGCCACAGGCACCUUACUCAUCGGAGCCGAUGGCGCGCAAUCACGUGUGAGAUUGUCUAUCUUGGGGGAGAAGGGACGGCCGUCCCCAGUGCCCUACUCGGCUGUCAAUCUGCAUGUUUGCUAUAACGAUGCGGAGAAGGCCCUGUUCGUUCGCCAAGCACACCCUAUAAUGACACACGCGAUCCACCCUGAUGGUUACUGGCUAUGGAUUUCGAUCCAAGAGGUACCAGACCCCAAUGACCCAGCGACCUGGGUGUUCCAACUGCAGACCACUUGGAAGAAGAGAGAGGGCGAGGAAGUCGGCUCAUUAGCAAACCUGAAAGCCAAGGCUGAGACCUUUGGUGAACCCUUUCGAUCGGCGAAUCUCUGGCUCCCUGAGGACACCAAGGUUCAUGUGAACAAUAUCUCGUACUGGGUGCCGGUCCCUUGGGAUACCCGGAAAGGCAGGGUUUUACUGGCAGGUGAUGCUGCUCACCCCAUGACAUUCCACCGAGGUCAGGGGUUAAACCAUGGUAUCGCGGAUGCGAGGAGCAUCGUUCUCAAAUACAGGGAUGUCCUUGACGGCAAGAUGACUCUCGAAGAAGCUGCCGACGCUUAUCGGGAUGACCUUGUUGAUCGAGCAGGGGAGGAAGUUCGAUUGUCCAUAGAGAACACCCACAUGAUCCAUGACUGGGAGAGGAUGGCCAAUUCGCCCAUCAUGCAACGUGGAGGCCAUCCGAACGAGAAGAAGGCAAAGUAG